CCGUGCCGGUUGCUCAACUACAAUAACAGAAGCAUUUGUGAGGCAGCGCUUGGUUUUACCGUAGCUUUGUGUUUUUCGGUUUGUUAAAAUAGAAUGAAAUGCAGAGCAGUCCUUAAACAAUUUAGUUUAAAAAUUAUGCGCUUAAAAUUGUUUUCUUAAAGUUUCACGACUGCCGUUAUGUCGUAAAUACUUGCCAAGCUAAUAAGCUAGCAAGGAAACUGAGCAGCUUCUCCUCUCCUGAGGCACAAACCAAAAAGAAUCCUGAUGGCUUUAACUUCAGCUGCUGAAGAAGCCAGCCAUGAAAUUAAUUGUCUGGCACCGGCUUCAAGAGAUGGAGUCACCAAAGAUGCAGAAGAUGAUACAUCUGUCUCCAGAACAAGCAUGAAUUCAGAUUUCAGCCAUCUGACCCGGGAGAAACCUGUGUUUCCCGGUGGUGGCACUAACCCCAGUUGCUUCGUCCCCCUAAGUUUAAGUGAUGAAGACAGAGUUCCCUACACUAUCAACAGAUACCUGAGGGACUACCAGAGGGAAGGCAUCAAAUUAAUUUACAAUAACUACAUCCGCUCCUCUGGUUGUAUCCUCGGUGAUGACAUGGGGCUUGGAAAAACUGUACAGGUCAUUGGUUUUCUAGCUGCUAUGCUGCACAAAACGGGCACAUGGGAGGACGUAGAGAACAACCGGCCUCUGUUUCUGCAAAGUCAGAUGCCCUCCAAGGAGUCUAAUCCAAAUAAAGUGUUUCUCAUCGUGGCUCCGCUGUCAGUGCUGUAUAACUGGAAAGAUGAACUGGACACGUGGGGUUACUUCCAGUGUGUUGUGGUCCAUGGCCUGAGGAAAGAGGUGGAGCUGGCACGGAUCAGCAACGGUCGUAUUGAGAUCGCUCUUACCACCUAUGAGACACUUCGACUGUGUUUGGAUCAAUUUAAUAUGGUCAAUUGGUCAGCUGUGGUCGUUGAUGAGGCCCACAAGAUAAAAAAUCCAAACUCUCAAAUCACUCAAGCCAUGAAGGGCCUGAGAUGUAAGGUCAGAAUUGGACUCACUGGGACCAUUUUACAGAACAAUCUUGAGGAGCUUUGGUGUGUCAUGGAUUGGGCUGUACCAGGCUGUCUUGGCCACUUGGGACAUUUCAAGAACAAAUUCUCCGACCCAGUUGAGCAAGGCCAGAGGCACAGUGCAACCAAACGGACCCUUGCUACAGGGAGGAAGACUGUUAAAGCUCUGGUGAAGAAGAUUUCUCCCUGGUUCUUCAGGAGAACUAAAGCUCUGAUCAGAGAACAGCUGCCAAAGAAGGAUGACAGGGUGGUGUACUGCUCUCUAACAGACUUCCAGCAGACUGUGUAUCAAGCUGUGUUGGACACGGAGGAUGUGACUCUGCUGCUGAGAUCCUCAGAGAAAUGUGAUUGUCAAAGCGGUCGAACCCGCAGAAGCUGCUGCUAUAAAAAAAACUCCGAAGGGGCUCAUAUAGCAGAACUCUAUUUUAGUUACUUGGCCAUUCUGAGGAAAACUGCAAACCACACUGCACUGCUUCAGUUCACUCCUGGAACCAGCAAAAAACAGGAGAAGUAUGUGAGUUCUAUCUGUGCAAAGGUUUUUCAGAAUUUCCCUGACUUUGUGCAGAGAUGCAAAAAUGAGGCUUUUGAAGCUCUGUCAGACCCAGCAUACAGUGGAAAAAUGAAGGUGCUGCAGAAAUUACUCAAAUACUAUUUGCAAAAAAGAAGCAAAAUUCUCAUCUUUUCUCUGUCAACAAAGCUGUUAAAUGUGCUGGAGAGCUACUGCAAGGCAGAAGGAAUGGACUACAGCCGAUUGGAUGGAACCACCAAAUCCAAAGAGAGAGUCCAGAUAGUGAAAGAUUUCAACAGCUCCUCUCAUAUAAAUCUAUGCCUGGUGUCAACGAUGGCAGGGGGUCUUGGGCUUAACUUUGUCGGUGCUAAUGUGGUGGUGCUGUUCGAUCCCACCUGGAAUCCUGCUAAUGAUCUACAAGCAAUAGACAGGGCUUAUCGUAUCGGUCAGUGCAGAGAUGUUACUGUUCUUCGACUGAUCUCAUUGGGGACCGUAGAAGAAAUUAUCUACCUCAGACAAGUUUACAAACAGCAACUGCAGUGUUCGGUGGUUGGCAAGCAGAGCGCCAGGCGGUAUUUUGAAGCAGUGCAAGGCAACAGUGUCUAUAAAGGAGAACUGUUUGGGAUCAAAAACCUCUUCAGGCUGCAGACUCAGGGGACCUGCCUCACCCGCAGGAUUCUAGAGAGAGAAGGACUAGUGGAGGCUGGUGUGAUGACAGCAAAAACUCACCAAGGCGAUGAGAAAGAGGGAAACGACGAACCUGGUGAAAUCCCUACUGGUCCUGCAGGGUCUAAUGAUGAAGCCGACAAGAGAAACGAAGCCUUAAAGGCCUCCAGAGAUGUGCUGGACUUCAGCAGUCUGAGUGAAUCGGAAGAAACAGAAGAGGAGAAACAAGGACAGAAAAGGAAAGCUUCAAACAUGAGUUCUGACAGCAACGUGGGGAAAAAUACCUCAGCCUCUGGUCGAAUGAGUCUCCUCCAGCACGGUUUCUCCAGGCUUCUCGAAAGGGUCAAAGAAAGACCAGACAAAAGCAGUAGCUCAGGAACUGAAGACACUUCAUCUGAAGAGGAUGCCGAGGAUCAAAAGAUGAAGAAUGCCGUUGAAUCUGGAGCAGAAAACUGGAGCACAGAGAGAAAAUCUGAAGACCGCAGAGAUGAGGCUUUUCAGGAAACUGUUAGAAUGAAAGAAAAAAGAGUGGAAGUGGUUGAAGAUAUAAACUCUUCACCAGAAAGGGAGCCAGCCAAAAAACACAGAAAACCAAUUCUUAAAUCACACCAUUUUCAGGAUUACUCUGAUGAAUCUGAUGAUUUGGACUUGGAAGCAAAGGCGCGACCCUCGAAGGAGGCUUUCGGUUUAAGCGGUAGAGGAGGAGAAAGUGGCAAGAGCCUCAAAGAAAAGAGAAGAAGUGCAAGUGUGAGGGACAAGACAAGAUCUAAAUACACCGCAGAAAUAGAGGAAUUCACAUCUUCAGAGGAUGAAGCUGGAAAAGGAGCCGUGAGGCCAAAAGCCGUUUCAUUUACAAGUCUGAGAAAGCAGACGUCUCCAGCAUCCAAAGAGAGAAAUAGAACCAUCGACUGUGUGCUAGGUGGAGUGCAGGAGGUGGUGUUUUCUCACUCAAAUCAGCGUGUCGUGGGUGGAAGCAGAGCCGAAGAGCUGAUCAGUAGAGCUGCUGUUCGGGACGUGUUUGAACGUAAAAUGUACUCGCAGCUUCCAGCCAAUAACUUAGUUGGUACCCAGGAGAGUCUGCCCACGAGCUUCCCACAAACUCCGCCUUGCCCUGCUGACGUCACCGAGCAGAGACCCAACGUGGAGCAUCCCGUCCUCUUCUCCAGCAAGAGUACACACUGUAAAGGACAUGUCACGGUCAUCAUCGGGGAGACUCCCAAAGCCAUACAGAGGCUGCAUCUGAUCGAAAUGGCUCAAAAGUUCAAGUUCCCCUCAGUCCAUCAGUUUGCUAAAGAAAUCCUGAAAACAAGUUCAGCUGACAGACUAACAUGGCUGCGACAGUAUUACAUGUCACUCAACCAUCCUGAACUCACUAACAUUAUAACAGAAAACUUCUCCUCAUCAUUGUCCAAAGCUGCCACACAAAGUCCACCAAAUGACUCUUUGAGGAAAAGAAGUGAGAAUAGUGGAGCAAAACCUAAAAGUUUACAAAAUACUGUCUCUGUGCCACAAAAUAGAUCUGACGUCCAGGAAGACGAUGUCCCUGAACCUCCCAGAAAGCAAAAGAAAGGACAAAAGAAAGCACUAGAAGCUCGAGGGAACUUUUCAAGCCCUGACUUAGCCGAGCAGGAGGUCUGCACUGCCAGACAACCCAAGAGGACAAAGAGAGCUAAUGUUUCCAGCUCUGGAGCCCACAGACCUGGGGGUGGUCUUGGCAUGGAUCAGGCCAUCAGCAGUGGUCUGGGGUCUGUGGAGGCCGCUGCCGUCCUGAACCACACAGACAGAAAUUCACCUUCUUCUUCUUCCGACCUCAGCUCUGCUGUAUUAUCCAAACCUACAGCACAGCGAGACGAGCUAAAGCAGAAACCCACCCCAGCUUCCAGUAAGUUCUCCUUUCUAACCGACCUCGUAGGAGAUACAUCCAUUCUGGAUGAAUUACUGAAACCAAAACCCAAGGCGGAACAGCAGAUGAAUAAAACUCCUCCAGGUGGAAGAGAUUGCCCUGAUUCAAGCCCCCGCACCCCGCAGCAGGUCCACAAACCGCUGCAGGUGUCAAAGGGAGCCCGCAGAGACAUCUGGGACAUCCUGGACGAAGGCAACGAGGAGAGCAUCAACAGGUUAACAGAUCCAGAAGAAGUCCAGAGAGUUUGCAUCAACUCAGCAGCCAGAAGGAAGUCUGGACAGAAUGAGAGCAAGAGUCUGUGGAAGACGAAUGACAAGUUCCUGUGGAAAAAAGAAGAUGUUUAGCUAUUUACUGAGGGGCUUUUAGCUGCCUCGGUUCUCAGAAACAUGAAAAAUUUUGUCUAUAAAUAUUUUAUUUAUUUAUUGUUUUAUUUAAACAUUUAUUUAAACAUUUUAUUUUAGUAUUUGCUUAGUUUGAGAUUUAUGAGGAAAGAGGUCAUUAUUAGUCCAAUAAAACAUUGUGUAGAUUUUAGGGUUUAGUUUGACUGAGUCUCUGGAACUGUUACAUUUUUUUAAAUUUGUUUGUUAAUCUGAUUAUUAUCUAGCUCCUGCUUUAUCCAGGUUUGAAUUCUGGAGAUAACAGUUUUAUACUUUUUUACUACCUCGAGGAAAAAUUAAUUUCCAAAAUAAAUUCAUUUUAAAAGCUG